AUGUCUCUAAUUCCAAGUUUUUUCGGUGGCCGAAGAACAAACGUGUUCGACCCAUUCUCGCUAGACCUUUAUGAUCCGUUCGAAGGGUUUCUAACGCCUUCAGGGAUGACAAACGCGACCUCCAAGGACGUGGCAGCGUUCACAAACGCGAAAGUGGACUGGAGAGAGACACCUGAGGCGCACGUGUUCAAGGCAGACUUGCCGGGGCUGAAGAAGGAAGAAGUGAAGGUGGAGGUUGAAGACGGUAACAUACUUCAGAUAAGUGGAGAGAGGAGCAGCGAGAAUGAAGAGAAGAGUGACAAGUGGCACCGUGUGGAGAGGUCAAGUGGGAAGUUCAUGAGGAGGUUUAAGUUGCCGGAGAACGCGAAGAUAGAUGAAGUGAAAGCAAGUAUGGAGAAUGGUGUGUUGUCGGUUAUGGUGCCCAAAGUGCCUGAGAGGAAGCCCGAGGUCAAGUCCAUUGACAUCUCCGGCUAA